ACAAGGGCUUUUGUUUGCAAAUGCAGCGCAGUUUCUCCAAGCCUCGGCAGGAAGUUGGACUCCCUCAGAGCAAACGCGAAAGGGCUGCUGCCCUGCAAUCCUAUCUGCGCCACAAGAGCCGGAACCAGCUCCGCGAGUGGGAGACAAUAGGGACUCCCCUCAGCGAGCCCGGAAGAGAACCCCGAAACUGGACCGCCCCGCCUCGCCCCCAAGCCCCAGAGUCUCCCGAAACCCUAGCUCCCCACCGAUCCGGAAGGCCCGACUUGCAAGCGGGCCGCCGCGGGUCCUCUCCCGGCCCGGGCUCCGGACAGCACAGCCCUGCCGCCCCCCACACGGGCCGCCGCGUCCUCCCAGCCCGGCUCCCGCCGCCCGGCCCGCCGCCCCGUCCACCCCCCGGCCCGGCCCGAGCACCGCCGCCGCUCCUCCGGCGGACCCCGCCGCGCACCGCGUUCCUCGGUUCCACUCCCCUCCGCCGCCCCCCGCGACACCCAGCGGCCGCCCGGCCGCCCGGCCGCCCGUCCACCCAGGGCCGGGCCUGGGCCUCGGGGCUUCCGCCUCCAAGCGCGCCCGGACGCCGGCCCGCCGUGGGGGGCUCCCCCGCGACCCCCACGGCCCCGCCGACCCCGACCACACCGCCUCACCCCCACGCCCCGCGGCCGGGGCCCGAGUCCUACCACCGAGGCCACUCCCGCUCCGCGCCCUCGGUCCUUUAUUGUUGA